GAGUGAUAAAACUGGUCUGAUUGUUGGCUUAGUUCUUGGAAUGAUCUGUAUUCUCUUGAUUAUCACUCUCCUUGUCUUCUUCUAUUCAAGAAGACAAACCAAAAAACAAUGUCCUGACAUCCCUGUACACAACAUUAGUAAUAGUGGUUUAAGAGUAGAAGAUUAUGAAGAGUAUUUUAAGCGGAAACAUGCGGAUUCCAACUGUGGUUUUGCUGAAGAGUAUGAGGAUUUGAAAUCUGUUGGAACUGCGCAGCCAAUGAACGCCGCCCUGUCUUUUGAAAACAAGGCAAAGAAUCGUUACACAAAUGUUUUACCUUAUGAUUCUUCAAGGGUGAGAUUAUCAAUGUGUGGCAACCCCUUUGAUGACUACAUCAAUGCCAACUACAUUCCAGGCUACAAUUCAAGAAAAGAGUUUAUAGCUGCUCAGGGUCCGUUGCCCGUCACAGUGAAUGAAUUCUGGAGAAUGAUCUGGGAGAAGAACGUCUACAGCAUAGUGAUGCUGACCAGAUGCAACGAGCAGGGACGGGUGAAAUGUGAGAAGUACUGGCCAUCUGAGACGAAUCAUUAUCAUAACAUCUCAGUGACGACCACCUCAGAUAUAUCACUGGACAGCUGGACCAUAAGAGACUUCAGAAUCAAAAAUGUGAAAACAGCAGAAACUCGCUACGUCCGCCAGUUCCACUUCACAGCGUGGCCGGAUCACGGAGUUCCAGAGACCACUGAAGUCCUCAUUGAUUUCAGACACCUGGUGAGGGAACACAUGGACCAGUACUCGCGCCACUCUCCAACUGUGGUGCAUUGCAGUGCUGGUGUGGGAAGAACAGGGACCUUCAUUGCCAUUGACCAACUGAUUUUCCAGAUUGAAAGAGAAAGCAUGGUGGACAUCUUCGGAGUUGUUAAUGACAUGCGCAUGCACAGGGCUCUUAUGGUCCAGACUGAGGAGCAGUAUGUCUACCUCCACCAGUGUGCGCAUGACAUCAUUCGAUCAAGAACCGGAACCAACGUGGACUUAAUUUACCAGAACAACGAAGCACUAAAUAUCUAUCAGAAUGUAAAAUAUUUAAAGCUGUAACUGUAUACGGCCUGAAGAUUGCCCUCAGAGCAUAUUUAAAAGAGCAUUUUUAAAUUUGCUUAAAAAAAUAAUGAAAUUCACACUUUACAUUUACAGUAGUUCAACUGUAAUUUAUUUUCUUGCACAAUACCCAAUUUUAAAGAAAUAUAUUUAGGAUAUUACACUGGAAAGAAUGCAACAUGUUCUAUGUUAAUUUUGAAGUAAACAGCAAAUAAUGUGCAAGUAAUUGUAUUUAUAUUUCAAUCAAGAGAUCUUUAUUUUUUUACUGUGAAA